AGGAAGGCAAGAUGGCGGAGGUGGAGCCGCGGCUCCUAAACGAAGCAGGCGCAGGUCCAGGCCCAGAGCUUGAGGCCGGCGCAGCGGAUAACAGUCACGGGCAUGAGGGAGAGCAGGAGGUGCCAGGGGGCGGAGGCAAGAGGACCGAUGAUUUUGGAGUGGAGACGGCGGAAGAAGCUACAGAGCCCUCAGAGCCAGACAUUAAUGAACUCUGUAAGGAUAUGUUUACCAAAAUGUCUGUCUAUCUGCAAGGAGAGCUUACAGCUACCUGUGAAGAUUACAAACUGUUGGAGAACAUGAACAAACUGACUAGCCUUAAGUACCUGGAGAUGAAGGAGAUCGCUGUUAAUAUUAACCGCAACCUCAAAGAUCUAAAUCAGAAAUAUGCAAAUCUACAACCAUACCUUGAUCAGAUUAAUCAGAUUGAGGAACAAGUCGCAGCACUGGAACAAGCAGCAUACAGAUUGGAUGCAUACUCCAAGAAACUAGAAGCCAAAUUUAAGAAAUUAGAGAAGCGAUGACCUGUACUACAUUGAAGAUGUCACGAACGAUGUAUGUUCUUCUGUGGGUAGAUGACAUUCAAGUGACUGCAGAAUGAAGUAGGCGACUGAUGAAACUUACAUGUGGUGAUGGAAGGUGUAUUGAUUAGUUCUGCACUGACAAACCUGCAGCGAAGACUGAUUGAAUUAGAGCAUUCUUUUACCUGCCUACACAGGCAAGAAGUAAAUCUGCAAGUAAACUAUUUGGACUAGAUACGUUGCAAUUACUAACUAUUUUGUAAUAAUAAGAAAUGGUUGCUGUACAAACAAUUUAAAAGCUUAACUUGUUGUUCUGUUGAACUUAUUUCAGUGUUUCUGUCUCAAUCUUUUCUGUGACUGUUGGCAUAGCUUCUGGGUGAUUCCUAUGAACACAAGGGUGGAGUGAGAAAAAGCUCUUGACUUCAGCUCUCCCCCUUACACAGACAGACCCUCCAUCGUGUGCAGAGGUGAUUUAGCAACCAACUUACUAAAUUAUGACAAAUGCUUUUUUGAUGGUAUAUUGAAUCUACAUCCAUUCUUUAUAAUAGUACAUAAAAUCUUACUGAAGAUGCUGAU